AUGCAAGCCCCGCGCCGUGGCGAUAGUUUUCGUGUUGGGCACGAGUCGGCUAUCUGGGGAAGAACCUCGCGUCUCUUGGAGCUCGGAGAGAUUCACGUCACAUCUCAAUCAGCUCCCUCUCAACUCAAGGCCAUGUGGACGUCUCGCCCCCCAGAAGACGUGUCAGGUUACGCAGCGACUAUCCCCACCGAAAACACGUCUGACGGAAGUUCCAGAUAUGAGGAACGCCAUAAGUCUCACCGCGUGUCCAUCCGCAUGAACAUGGAUUGA